GGAAAGGCAAGAGGGCAAGCAAACACCGUCAACGAACGAAGAGAGAUAGCGAUCUUGUCUUCUCGAAGCUUCGACGAGAUUCCCUACUUGUAAGAAACUUCAAUUCCGAAAGAGAAAGAAAGAAAGAGAGAAGACAUCGAUAAAUAGAAGAAUACCUUUUUUUUUUUUAAUUAAAAUCACCAAUCAGAUUCAGAAAAACUGAAGAAACGAAAGAGAGAAGACGAAGAGAUGGGUGUGGAUUACUACAAGCUUCUUCAGAUCGAUAGAAGCGCCAGCGACGAUGACCUCAAGAAAGCUUACAGGAAACUCGCCAUGAAAUGGCAUCCCGACAAGAACCCCACCAACAAAAAAGAAGCCGAAGCUAAAUUCAAACAGAUCUCCGAAGCCUACGAUGUUCUUAGCGAUCCUCAGAAGAGAGCAGUGUAUGAUCAGUACGGUGAAGAAGGGUUAAAAGGGAACGUUCCACCUCCCAAUGCUGCUUCUGGAGCUUCCUACUUCUCUACAGGAGAUGGGCCUUCCUCUUUCGGCUUCAACCCGAGGAGUGCUGACGAUAUUUUCGCCGAGUUUUUCGGGUUUUCGACACCGUUUGGUGGAGGAGGAGGAGGUGGUGGUGCUGGUGGAUCAAUGCACCAUCAUCACCAUCAUCAUAAUCAUCAUCAGCAUCACGCUGCACCAAGGAAAGUGGCUCCUAUAGAGAACAAGCUUCCUUGUAGCCUUGAAGAUCUUUACAAAGGAACCACCAAGAAGAUGAAGAUCUCAAGAGAGAUUCUAGAUGUCAGCGGCAAAGCAACGCAAACAGAAGAGAUUCUAACGAUUGGAGUGAAGCCUGGAUGGAAGAAAGGAACAAAGAUCACAUUCCCUGAGAAAGGCAACGAGCAUCCCGGAGUGAUUCCAGCUGAUCUCGUCUUCAUCAUCGACGAGAAGCCACAUCCUGUGUUCACUCGUGACGGCAAUGACUUGAUUGUCACGCAGAAGAUCUCACUAGCUGAUGCCUUGACAGGCUACACCGUGAACCUAACGACCCUUGAUGGUCGUACACUUACAAUCCCAAUCACUAAUGUGAUCCAUCCAGAGUAUGAAGAAGUGGUGCCUAAAGAAGGCAUGCCACUUCAGAAAGAUCAGUCCAAGAAAGGGAACUUGAGGAUCAAGUUCAACAUCAAGUUCCCAGCAAGGUUAACUACAGAACAGAAGGCUGGUUUCAAGAAGAUGUUUGGGUGAUAUAGUUCAAGAUUGGGUUCUAAUGCCUCCCCUGUUGUUUAAAUUAUUUCAAGAUAGUUACAAAGAUAUUUGGUUAAGAAACAAAAAGUCUUUUGUGUGUGUGUUUACUACAAAAGUGUCUUUAUUUAUUUUUUACUCUUGUCUAGAGAUAUGAAACUAUUCUUUGGUUAGUGGAGAUCCAAUGCCGUGACGACGCGUGGGGAACACGAGGAAAAAUCCGCCGCAAACAACGCCGAUGAUAAAAGGUAAACCGGUGAGAAGUUCCUUGGUGUCUUCAGAAGGAACAGGGAACAAGCAACGGAUCACGUUUUGAUCAAACAUGGAGAUUGCAAAGAAGACGAGCAUUGACAUGAUUGCAUGCAUGAAAUCAAGAAACCUUAGCUUAUAUUUUUCCUUCUCUUCUUCCGUUAGUGUAAUUGUUCCAUCCAUCACCAUUAAACCACUAGGUGUCGCUAGUCCGUACCUGACCUGUGAAAAAACAGAAUCAUCAUGUUUUCAAAACUUAACAAAUGAUCUUACGAUGGAGAACCUGAUCUGAGAUUUGGGAAUUAUUGACAUUUAUUAAAUAAAAUUAAUGUAUAUAAUUUAAUUUGAAAUUCUAUUUUAAUGUAUACUAGUGGUCCGUCCGCGCUGCGCGCGGGUUGUUGGAUAUUUUUAUUAGUUUAAAUUUAAAAUUUAUUUGUUG